CGGCCUAUGGGGAUGUAGCUGUCGUUGUACUCCGGAGGCUCGAACGCUCAAAAGAUGUGCGAAGAUUUUUGUUAAAAGUGCGUGAAUCGCGUAGCGAUUUAUUCGUCGUUUGUUGUGUCAGAAAAAUUUCGGACGUGGACGGUGAUUAACGGUGUACGUUGAUGAUUUCACCGUGAGAUCGAUUAUUCCGGUGAAAAGUACCGUGACUGCGCGCGUUGCCUCCUUCAUCGACGAGUGAGUUCGUGAUGCGCGACGAACACGGAUUUGCAAAAGUAUUCGAAUAGCGAAGUGCCAGCCGCGAUGGACUGCUUCUUUCCAGUAUCGCUAAAAACGUGUAUCUCUUAUCGUGCAGGAGGCGCGAAACUCAGCACUGUCGUGUCCACAGUGAAAUUCAAAGCGUGAAAAGCGUUUCAAGUACGACUGCUGUGCUAUUCGGUUGUAAUAUAGUUCGGCGCGCCAUUUAAAUCGCACUUCUUCGCUCUAUUCUCGACGAGUACAUCGAGCGAAUUUUAUUAAUGAGCAAAUUUGUACAGUAAAAAUACGAUUGCCCGACUGUGCCGUGUUUUUACGAAAAAGGAACUUUUUUUUACAAUUCCUCCGCGAAUUAUGUAACAACGGUAACGACGCGAUAUGCCGAUGAUAAACACUAUGUCCACUAGAAUGGAAGAAGAAAUAGUAGUAGACGAUAUAGAUGAGAAUAGUAGUGCGGAGACACAGCAGAGGGAUGGCACGACAACACCCGUAAUGCCUUUGCUAUAUAUUCAACAAAAUAAAUUACGUUCUACCCAAUCAACAAAUGCAAAUCAAACCCUUGUUUCACCUAGUACUCAACUUACUGCCAUUAUUAAUCCAGUUAAUAAUCAGAUUGUGACUGGACAAAAUAAGGUGUUUAUACAAGGAUCAGGGCAGGUAGCUACAUCUCAAAGUAAACAACAUAUUGUAAUACAUCGACCGAUAAAUACUGUGAGCACUGUAGCAACCUCACAGUCUCAAAAACAUAUUGUACUUAGAAAGUCAACAUCCACUGCUCAGAUAGUGCCCUUGAGUACGACUCAAGGAAGUCAAACCAAUGCGCAAGUAGGAAAGCAUACAUUCGCAUAUCUGGGAACUCUCAUUAAACCUAAUAAGUCGCGAGAAUCUGUUGUUAUACCAGCAGGUGCUCUAACAUCAACUCAAAUAUCUAAGCCAAAAUUAGUGAUUACUCCAGUAAUAUCUCAACUAGCUCAGACAUCAACAAGUACCACAAGCGGUCAGAAUCAACCUUCUAAACAUAUGGCAAACUUACUAUUGCCAGUAAACAUUCCCCAGCAAAGUGGUACAACAAAACCUAGCAUGUUUAAUCUAAAAAUAAAUAAUGGUCAACUCAGUACAGAAAGCAAAGGGACUAUAACAGUAUUACGUGAGUCAAAAACGACGAAUUCAACGACACAUCCACCACCAUUGCAUCCAAUAGCAAAAAUGAGCCUUUUGAAUGCAAACAAGGGCAAUUCUAAUUCCAUAGAUAGUAUAAAAAUUACUGAAAAUCCAGAUUCAGCUGUUAUCACGCCUAUUCCAAAAAAGGAAGAUAAUCCACCAGAAAAGCGGAAAAAGACAAUUAGCAACAUAUUACGAGGUUCCGCUGAAAAACGAAUGAAAAAGCAAAAUAUUACAAAAUCUCAAGACAGUCUGGCUGAUACUAAUUAUGCAUUAAGCAGUCCAGAAUCUGAACAGGACAAAGAUAAGAAGGCUCAAAAUGAUGAUGAUAUUACAUUGAUAAAAGUUGUUCCUAGUGAGGAUAAAAUAUCAAAACUUAAUACAAAUAUGGAUGAUGAUAUAAAAAUAGAGAUUAUUAAAACUCCGAAUUGUAGUGUUGAAACAAUGGCAGACAAUAAGAGUGAAACAAAGAAUAAUAAUCAUGAUGAAACAAAAGAACAAUUAAAUACAUUGAAUCAGAACAAUACCAAUUUUGAUGCAACUAAAGUUUUAGACUGGAAGGAUGGUGUUGGUACUUUACCUGGGAGUAAUUUACAAUUUCGUAUGAAUGAAUUUGGCAUUAUGGAAGUAGUAGAAGAAGAUGAAAACAGUAAACAACAUAAAGAUGGUAUUGGUGACAAAGAAAAUGUAUGUUUGAUACAAAAUUCCUCAAAGACCAAUCCAGGGAUUGUUAAUAAUACUAAUUUGGAGAAAAAAGCUGACGAUAGAAAAUCCAGAUCGGUAUCCGCAGACACAAUGUAUCAUUGCGAAGCAUGCGGAUGUUAUGGAUUAGCUGCUGAAUUUGAAAGUCCAAUAUCAUGUAGUCCUUCCUGCACAGAAGUAAUAGAGGCUAAAAAACAGCCUAUAAAUCGAAAGGAAAAGGAUCUGAAAGAGAUACGUAUGAAAAAGAAGCGCAAAAGAUUAUUACAAGAAGCACAAUGGUCAAAGGAUAUGGAUGAGAAAUCUGAUGAAAAAACACCGGAUAAGGCAAAAUCGGAGACUGAUGAGGAAAAAGAUACUAUUGUAGCUAUAGAUGAUGAGAGCCAAGGAGAUUCGUCAGAAUCCAAGUAUCCUUGGCAAAGAGGAAAAUUGGGUUUUUCAUGGCCGAAAUAUCUUGAACAUUGUAAAGCAAAAGCAGCACCUGUUAAGUUAUUCAAGGAUCCUUUUCCCUACAGCAAAAAUCAUUUUAGAGUUGGAAUGAAGUUGGAAGGAAUAGAUCCGGAACGUCCUUCUCGAUAUUGUGUUCUGACUGUUGUCGAGGUUGUAGGUUAUCGAAUGCGUUUGCAUUUUGAUGGUUAUCCGGAAAAUUAUGAUUUCUGGGUAAAUGCAGAUAGUAUGAAUAUAUUUCCUGCUGGUUGGGCUGAAAAGAAUGGCAAGAAAUUGGACCCACCAAAGGGUUAUGUAACUGGCAAUUUUAAUUGGAAUGCGUAUCUAAAAAUUUGUAAAGCGACUGCAGCAGCGAAGAAUAUUUUUCCAAAUAAAAGCGUGUUGCAAACUGUUUUUCCUACGGGUUUUCGGGUGGGCAUGAAGUUGGAGGCAAUAGAUAGGAAGCAUUCUUCAUUGUUAUGUGUUGCCAGCAUAGCAGGUUUGAUGGAUUCCCGAAUAUUAGUCCACUUCGAUUCCUGGGACGAGGUGUAUGAUUACUGGGCCGAUGCCAGUUCACCGUAUAUUCAUCCUGUAGGAUGGUCUCAUCACAAUGGACGUCUUUUGAUGCCACCAAAUAAUUAUAAAGAUUCCAAAUCUUUCACUUGGGAUGCAUAUCUGAGAGAAACCGGUACGACGGCUGCACCAUCUAGAGCGUUCAAGCAACGACCACCUUGUGCAUUCAAACGUGGCAUGAAACUGGAAGCGGUGGAUAAACGAGUCCCUCAACUAAUUAGAGUAGCAACAGUUGAAGAUGUGAAAGAUCACCAGUUGAAAAUAAGAUUCGAUGGUUGGCCUGAGACUCAUGCCUAUUGGGUUGAUGAUGAUUCACCUGAUAUUCAUCCUGUGGGCUGGUGCUCAAAAACCGGUCACCCACUGGAACCACCACUAACGCCUGAUAAUUUGAACGAUCGACCGGAAUGCGGUACAUAUGGCUGCCGAGGUGUAGGACAUGUAAAGGGACCUAAAUUUGCAACACAUAACUCUGCAUCCGGUUGUCCGUAUUCUCUUCAAAAUCUAAAUAAAUCAGUACAGAUGCCUGAUAGACUUAGUUCGUCAAGACACGACGCCUAUGAUUUUGAAGAGGAAAUACAAGAAAAACCGAAAUUAGAGAAGACUGACAAAAUAAAAAUGGAAAAGUGCGAAAAAUCUGAUAAACUUUUAUUCACAGAUGACAGAUUAUUGAUAAUUGAGAAGGAGAUUAAACAGGAAGAUGGAGAUUUGUCCGAUAAGAAUGACAAAUUUGAAAAUAGAUCAGAAAAUUCAGAAAAAUCAAGCAAAUCCAAACAUCUGCAUAGUGAUGGACAAACGGAUGAUGAUGAAGUUUCGAGAAAACGAAAGAAAAGACGUCCAAUUUCGGAAGAUUCUUUGUUUUCCGUUUCCAAUAUUACAUACAAUGAUCUGCAUUGGAAUCCUGCUCCAUAUGCUGCAAAUAUGCCAGAUAAGCAAUUGCGUAAAGAAUUGUAUCAAUCUGUAUAUAAUCCUGGAUAUAAUCCAUUGCCAAAUGCACCACAUGUAUGGGCGAAACAUAGCAAUGCUUUAAACAGAAUAGUAGCGAGGCAGACCACAAAUCCACGACGAUGGUCUAAUGAAGAAGUGAUUAAAUUUAUACAGAGUAUGCCUAAUUGUGCAGAAGCUGGGAAUGUCUUUAGACAGCACAAUAUUGAUGGCGAAGCAUUUUUAAUGUUGACACAAGAGGACUUAGUAUCAGUACUGUGUCUACGACUUGGGCCUGCAAUUAAAUUGUAUAAUAGUAUAGUUUUAUUACGUCAAAAAGCAUCAUGAAUUAUGCAUGAGCAAAGCAUGUGUUAUUGACUGGCGAAUCAUGGAAUAUGGCAGCUAUUGUGAUGAAACAUCGCCUAUUUAAAGUUUAAUAAGGUUACAUAACAGACAUUUUUUGCUAAUAAAUUUCAGAACUGUGUCGCUUCUUUAAUGCUAUGCCAAUAAACAAGCUGGAAAGGAACGAGAUAAAAACGUGAGCGUGUCAUAAAUACGUCUAGUUAAACAGUUCUGAAAUAUUCAUUUCAAAUUUAAAUCGAAAUUUGAGAAAGAAAGAUAAUUAUUGCAAAAUUGGAAAAUGCUUUUAUAAUGUAUGUUUUAAUUUGACGAUUUUGUAUAUCGAUUGUAUUGAUUGUGAUAUGUACGAUAAUUCAGAAUCAUGCAUUGCUCAUAAGUACUUACAAUCAUAUGACAUAAUUUUUCGUAUAAAAUAAGUGUAUUGUGGAUCGUGUGUACAAAUGUAAAUAUUGUUUUAAUCAUUAAGUAUUGUAAUAAAAUACUUAUGCAAUCUUUCCAUCUAAUCAUGCAACGUAUAUUUCUAAA